CACUUCAAGUUGUUCACUGACAGACAUGAAAUGGUGUUUCUGUACGCUGUAGCUUUUCGUUAAUCGAUCAGAUAGAGCAGCAGAAGCCGUGGCUGGAGGAGAUUUUAGAUUAAAGCUCAAAUAUUUAAUUGAGGAUCAUUUCAUACAUCACAGUGCCUGACUGAAGACGAGACAAGAAGAUGGGAGCAUCUGAGUCUCAUCAAGAGAAAAGGAUUGUUCUUCUUGGGAAAACUGGAGAUGGCAAGAGCAGCGCGGGGAACACGAUUCUCAAACAAGAGGUGUUCAAGAGCAAAGCUUCACCUGAAUCUGUGACAGCCGAGUGUGUCAGCGGAGAUCGAAAGGUUGAUGGAAAGAAGAUCACAGUCAUCGACACCCCUGGACUCUUCGACACCGCCGUCGAUGAGGAAACCAUUAAAUCCGAGAUCAUUAGAUCAGUGAUCGAGAGCUCUCCAGGUCCAGACAUGUUCACCAUCGUCCUGAAGGUCGGCAGAUACACAGGACAUGAGAUGGAGAUUGUGGAUAAAAUUGUCGAAUACUGUGGAGAAGAUACAUUUAAUCACUCUGUGGUUUUGUUCACUCACGGAGAACAGCUAGAAGGUCAAACCAUCGAGGAGUUUGUGAAGAUGAGUCCAAAACUUCAGGAGCUCGUUAAUAAAUGUGGAGGUCGCUGUCACGUCAUUGACAGCAAGUACUGGAAGAAACGGCAAAUGGGAUACAGAAGCAACAGAGUCCAGGUGAGGAAACUCCUGGAGACCAUCGAGGAGAAGCUGAAGGACAACAAGAACAGCUGCUACACCAAUGAACUGCUUCAGAUGGUGGAGGAGGAAAUUCAAGAGGAGGUCAAGAGCAUGAACGAGGUUAGUUUGUCUCCAGAGGAAAAACGGGAGAUCGCGAAAAAGAUUGUACAUAAGAAACUUCUAAUUCGACUUGCUGGAGUCGCUACAGGGACUCUGACUGGAGCUUUUCUGGGCAUCGGAGUUGCUGUGGCAUCUGUCGUUACUUUACUGAAAGCCGUAACAAUAGCAGGAGCUGCGGCAGCCGGAGCUUCAGGACUAGCGGCUGGAGCCUCAGGAUUAGCAGCCGGAGCUUCGGGACUUGUGUCUGGAGCUUCAGGACUUGCAGCUGGAGCUUCGGGACUGGCAGCGGGGACGGUGGCAGUGGAGGCAGGGCUGGUCACUGGUGCCAGCGCAGGCAUUGGUGCAGGUCUUGGAGCGGCCGCUGGUUCAGGAAUCACUGCAGGGAUUGUUGUCGGAGCUGCAGCUCUUGCCGGAGCGAUCGGUGGAGGAGUUGCUGGAUGCAAAGCAGCGGAUGAAUCUGAUUCAGUGUGUGACGCUAUUAUAAAUGCAGCAAAACUCAAUUAUGAGAAUGCCAGGGGUGUGGUGAAAAAAGCACAAAAACAUCAGCACAAACUUUUGAAAAUUGAAAAGAAUGAUAAUUAAGGAACAGACCAAUUUUAAUUAAUCUAUCCCCAAGGUUUUGCAGACAAGCUUAAGGCCAGGUAUACUUAAAACAAAAACGAAGAACAAACUGAAAGGAUGUAAAAGCUGGCCAAAACUAAGGUUGUAUUGGCAGUAUGAAACAGCUCACCAAAGCGACCUUUUGGGGAGUUAGUUUUGGCUUGUAAACACAUUUGCACUACCAUUGAUGCUACAAUUACCCAAUCAUGGGUGUUUUCUGGAACUCAAACUUGUUGCUUUGUAUCUCAUAUACACGGAGGUCAGACAGGAGAACAACAUCCCACACAACAAGUUAACAACAUGAAUACAACGGAGAGUUGAGUAAGAGCUGAUACAGAUGUACUUGCAACAGUGUGAUCACUUGUGGAGAGAUUUUAAAGACUCUUAAGUUCUUUAGGGUAGUCCUAGAAUUAAUUGCAUGUUUGAUAUCUCUCAAAGGUGGCAUAGAAUGAAUAUCUGAAUAUACCUAGGCAUAGCUGAGUGAUCAUGUUCAGUACAUGGAAAGGCAUACCGUGAGCUUCAAACAACAUAGUUUUCCUGUGAGGGUAAAUCCCAUGAAAAUUAAAUCCCAGUAAAAGAAAGGCCAGUCAGAACAAAACACAGACUGUUAUGAUUCAUAGGGGAUCAUUGGGAUUCUCAGGGGAUGAUUGAACUAAUGAACUCUAGGGCACCUUUAAUGGAUGGCAUGGUGGCACAGUGGGUAGCACUGUCACCUCACAGCAAGAAGGUUGCUGCUUCAAGCUCCGGCUGGGCCAGUUGGCAUUUCUGUGUGGAGUUUGCAUGUUCUCCCCGUGUUGGCGUGGGUUUCCUCCGGGUGCUCCGGUUUCCCCCACAGUCCAAACACAUGCAAUAUAGCUGAAUUGGGGAAGCUUAAUUGUCCGUAGUGUAUGUGUGCAUGUCCUGGUCCUCCAGGUUGGGGGUUGAGCGUUGGGCUAACGAAUAGGGUUGGGCAAUGUCGACCAAUUUGGCAUCAUACAAUGUUUAAAUUGAAACAUCGCGAUGGAAGACGGUGAAUUAAUUAUUUAUGAAUAAUUCAUUAAUUAAUAACGAAUUAAUUAUUUGUAGCCUACCGUGUCAACUAAUAAAUAAAGUUAAACACACAUUACCACCUGUCAAUCACUUUUUCCACGGGACUCUGGCACGAAUAGGCAGAGUGAUCGGUGUCAUUAUAAUGGCAUCCACAAACUUGGUUGGUAAAAAAGCUGCACAACCAACAGGAACCAACCAACAGUAUCUGAGGUUUAGCUAAAAUUACCUAGCAAAAGCGUGAAGUCGAAAGAUUGAAGCAGUGUAAUGAUGCUGUGACACGUUACCUGAUAGAUUCAAAAGACUGAAGAGUCGUUAGAUAGAGUCAAGAUUAAUUAAAUAUCACCUAUAAUAACUAUAGUGAGACGCCAUCCAGCGGUACAUCCUUGAUAAACAGUCCGACGUGCACUGCUCUAUGGGCUGACUGCUGGAGCUCAGACGCUGCAGCGCAUGACAGAGAGUGUGUGUGUGGUCAUGUGAUGUUCGUUCUCAGCGGUAUAGUGUGAAAGGAGAGCUUUUCAGAAACGCUAGAUGAAACACCAGUGUCUACAUGGACCGCGUUUGUUCUGAAAUGCUAUUUGUAAGCGGGGCCUCAGUCUGUAUUUUUUUGCGAGUAGGUUGCUGCUGCGACGGGGGCGGGGCGGAGGAUCACGAUGCCGGCUCAGCAUCAUGAUGGGUAUUAGCCAUCGUCUAUCGACCCAACCCUACUAACGACCCACCUCGUAAAAAUGAGAUGUUACGAAACACCAAUAUGGUGAGGCUAAAUAUCAACUUUAAUAUAAACGAUCCUGGCACCUUCAACCCUGCUGAAAAAUCCAGCUUAAACCAGCCUAG